AUGGAGGAGCACCCUCGCUCCUCCUGCGUUGCAGACACCCCUUGGCUAAAAAAGCAUGCUUCUUUUCUAGAGUCCUCGUCUUGUCAACCGCAAGGAGAGCUUGAGAACCCGGGGGCCGUUGGUCAGGUGGCCUUCGCAGCCUCGUCGCUGCCCGCUGCGGCGCCCACGCACCCUCCACCUUUUGCCGCGGCUUCCCCAGGCGCUCCUGCGCCUUCUGCGAGUCUGCCUCACGGGGGCGCGGUCCACGGUGAGUCAGGCGUCGCGGCGCGGGCUGCAGGCCGUCCAGCCGCUGCUCGUGAUGCCGAGUCCCUGCAGUUCCUUCACAUGAAGUGUGUCUCGCAGCAGAAUGCAUCACCUUUUGAGCACUCCAAGAUGCAGCCUGUGGUCGCGCAUGCCAGUACGUCGGGGAAUGGAGGAGUGGAGUCGGCGCCCUCGUCCAGUGGAGGCGGCGGUGUAGGCGGAGCGCCCAAGUCUGAGGAGCCGCUUGCAGCCCAGCAGCAACAACUGCUGCUCCAGCAGCGUCAUCAGUUACUUCUUCAGCAGCGCGUUCAGCAGGAUCACAUGCAGCACCAGCUUCAGCACCUGCACCAGCAGCAGCAGCGGCUGGAGAUGGCCGCAGCGGCGGCGGCGGCUCAACACGGGUCGGGGCGCGGCUCCCCACCUCAUUUCUCGUCUUGGCCUCUCUCCCAGACGGACCGCAGCGUGUACGCCGGGGGCCCUGGAGCUGUGGACGCGAUGCGCGCAGCUCCAGUCCCGUCUGGAUCGCCUCCCCCCGGGUGCUUCAACUCCUCUCGGGCGCCUGCAGCAGCGAGCCCUCCGUGGCAAGGCGCGCACUUUUUGCCCUCGCAGCCGAUGUCGCAGACAGCGCCGCACCAUCCCACCGGCCUUCCAAGUCCCGUGACGCAGCCCGGAGCCUCGACCUCCGCCGGCGGCAGUCUGGCGACGCCCGCCGAGGCUGCCGCCUGCGGGACAGGAGCGAAGAGCCUGCAGGGCGGGGGGGUAGCCUCGGAGUCGAAGGCAGCACCGGGUGGCGAUCUCGCAGCCGCGUCGCUGGGUGCGCCUUGUCGCAGCAGCGGAUCUCUGCAGCUGGGAGGUGCUUCGGGGCGGGGCGGAGGGGCGCCGCCGCCGCAGCUGCCUGCGACUGGAGACGGCCGCAGCGCCGCAGGCUCUGUGGCGCUUCCUCAGCAGAGCUCGGGAGACGAAACUCAUCCCGGCUGUGGAGGAGACGGCGGCGACGCAGCCGCCCUUGCAGCGGCGAUGCACCGUCAGAGGCAGCUCCUGCACCACCAGCAGCUCUUGCACUUCCAGCAGGCGGCGCUGGCGCAGCAGCAUGCCCACGCUGCCGGCGGCGGCGCGGUGCCUCCGCCCCAGCGCGGCCCUGCGGGAGCGCCCAACGGCGUCGGACCUGCGCUGGGAGGAUUUUUCGCCGCGGGCGGACCCGUGGGCGCGGGUGGCGCGCAGGGACUGAGCGCGGGCGGUGGCGCCGGCGCGGGCGCCUUCAGUUCACCCGCAGCGAACCCCCUGCUGUUCCAGCAGCAGUUGCUGCAGCGGCAGCUUCUCCAGCAGCAACAGCUGCUGCAGCAGCAGCAACUCGAGCAGUUGGGGCAGCAGAGCCCGUUCUUGAAUCCGCAGCAGCUUCUCCAGCUCCAGCAGCUGCACCAACGCCAAAACAUCUAUCUGCGCCAUCUGCAGCAGCAGUACCAGACGUCUUCUGCGGCCAACUACGCAGCGACGCCGCCGUCGACCCCGUACGGCUUCUCGUCGAACGCCGUCGCGCUGCCGACCGCAGCGGCUGCGGCAGCGGCUGCGGCUCUCGCAGCCUCCGCCGCGAAGGCCACGGGCCCCUCAGCGCCCAGCGCUGGGGGGGCGGUGCCUGCCGCGCCGGCUCAUUCGAGGAGGUCGGCGGCGGCGGCAGCGGCGGCGCGGAUGCGGGAGUUCGCAGCUGCGGAAAACGCAGCGACGGAUGAAGAGUUUUUUGACGCAGUGGGGGGCGGCGGGCCGCGGAGGAGUCAGCCCAAGCGCGGCGCGGAGGCGUGUGUGGGAGCGGCGCCGCGACCAGGAGGAGUAGGCAGCAGCGCGAGCUCGAGUCGCCAGCGGCGGUCGCGGCAGCAGGGCGGGGCUACGAAGAACGACGACGACGGGUACUACUACGCGUCGCACUCCAUCGCGCGGCAGACGGGAGGCGGUCUGGGCGGCGGGGCUGUAGAGGGAGGCGCGGAGGGCAGCGGCAUUCAGUUGCGCCAGCGGCGCGCGACGGCGCGCUCCACGAGAUAUGCAGAGAUGCUGGGCGAAGACGACGAGGACGACGAAGAGUACCCGGAAGAGGACGACGAUGACGACGACGAAGACAGCGCCAGAAAGCGAAGAAACCAGCAGCGAGCGGCGGCGGCGAGUCGGCGCGCGCAGCAGCUUCAACAGGGCGCGGACGCUUCCCAGCAGCAACAGCAGCAGUCCGGAGGCGUCGACAGAGUCCUCGACAGCAGAGUCAGAGACGAUGGUGUAGAAGAAUUCUUUAUCAAAUGGCUCGGGCGGUCUCACCUGCACAAUUCCUGGAUGACGUAUGAAGAGCUCAUGCCCCGUCUAGGCAUCAAAAAGGUCGACAACUUCAUCAAGCGCCGAGAGAAGAGACUGCAGGCCGCGCAGUGGAUGACGCCGGACGAGUUGGAGCAGCAAGAGAUCGAGUUGCAAAUGCAGCGCCAGAUGGAUGAGGAUGCGCUCAUCGCCGAGCGACUGCUGUGCAAAUGGCAAGAUCCGGCGACGGGCGAGUGGCUCUACAUCGUCAAGUGGCGCUCCUGCCCGUACGACCAGUGCACGCAGGAGACUGAGAAGGCGCUGAUGGAGCACAACUUUGGGCAUUUGAUCGAGGAGCUCGACGCGCGGACUGAGCGCAUCAACCGCAAAGUCACGGUUUCUAUGCAGCCCGGCGCCUUCCGCCCCAUCACCGCGACCCCGUUCGACCCGUACUUGGAGACCCCCUUCUACAUGCGCAGCGAAGUCGCGCGCGACGCCGACAGCGUGGGCGACGAGGGCGACGAAGAGGACGGUCAGGAUGACAAAGGCCAGAAGGCCGGCAAGGCUGAGGGCGAAGACGCGAAGCUGGAGGCGCAGCAGGGAACCAAUGGAGCCCAGAUUAAGGGAGAAGACGCGGCGAAGGCAGAAGAGGGCGGCGGAGGCGAGGGUCUUUUGAAGGUCGAGCAGAAGCACGAGGCCGUCAAGCUCGAGGGGGAGGGAGGAGGCGCGGCCGCGGCUGGGGAAGGCGGGGUGAAACCAGAGCUCGCGUCGGCGUCUUUGGCGUCGGCAGCAAAGGCAGGGAAGAAGCAGCAAGUCCUGCGCGACUACCAGAUGUUUGGCGUCAACUGGAUCCUGUCGCGGUUGAAGCGAGGCGUCUCGGUUCUGCUCGCCGACGAGAUGGGGCUGGGCAAGACAGUUCAGACUGUAGGCGUGACGGGUCACCUACUGUUCCGCGAGCAUUUGCUGAAGCCAAUUUUGAUUUUUGCGCCGCAGUCGACGAUUGACAACUGGAUGCGCGAGUUCCAGCGGUGGCUGCCGCAGGCGAACGCGGUCUGCUUCCACGGCAACGCGUCGGCGCGUGAGAUCAUCAAGAACUACGAGCUGCAGCGCGUGAGUCAGCAGCGGCCGUAUCCGCCAGUCUUCAAGUUCGACGUCUGCGUCACGACGCCGAGCAUUUUGAACUGCGCAACCGACGCCGAGUACCUGAAGCGCAUUCACUGGGGGCUGCUGGUCGUCGACGAAGCGCACCAGUUGAAAAACAUCAACAGCAAGCGCUUCAUCGAGCUCUCGCUCUUUCUCGUGGAUCACAAACUCUUCCUCUCGGGCACGCCACUGCACAACAACUUGGAGGAGCUGUGGAACCUGCUGCAUUUUCUGAACCCGAACAUUCACCGCGACUGCGCAGAGUUCAAGGCGCGGUAUCACUUGGUGGAGAACCACGCGGAAGUGGGCGAGCAGAAGACCGCCCAGCUGGCCGCGCUGCAGCAGGAGCUGAACGGCUUCAUUCUUCGCCGCGUGAAGAAAGACGUCGAGAAAAGCAUGCCGAAGAAGGUGGAGAGCAUUCUGCGCGUCGAAAUGUCGCCGCUGCAACUCAAGUUCUAUCGCUUGAUCCUCACCAAGAACUUUGACUUGCUCGCCAAGAAGGGGGGCGGAAACCGCAGCUCGCUUCAAAACAUCUGCAUGGAACUAAAAAAAGUCUGCAAUCACCCCUUUCUCUGCCAGUCGCCGGAUGACGAAGAAGACGGCGAAGAAUGGAGAAGACUCCUAGUCGACGGCAGCGCGAAAAUGGGCCUACUCGACAAACUUCUCAAACGCCUCAAAGAGAAGGGUCACCGCGUCCUCAUCUUCUCUCAAAUGGUCAAGAUGCUGAAUCUCCUUGCAGAAUUCCUCAAAAUGCGCGGCUACAAGCAUCAGCGCCUGGACGGCACGAUGGCGAAGGAGGUCCGGCGAAAAGCUAUGGAGCACUUCAACGCCAAAAACAGCGAAGAUUUCUGCUUUCUCCUCUCGACGAAGGCUGGAGGCCUCGGAAUCAACCUGACCAGCGCAGACACCGUCAUCAUCUUCGAUUCCGACUGGAAUCCGCAGAACGACCUCCAGGCGGAGGCGCGAGCGCACCGCAUCGGGCAGACGCGCACGGUGCAGAUUUACCGGCUGGUCACGAAGGACUCGAUUGAGCAGACGAUUUUGGAGCGAGCCAAAGCGAAGAUGGUGCUUGAUACUCUCGUCGUCCAGGGCCUGAAUCAACGGAGCUUGGAAGGGGGGGCGGGCGGCCUGGGCGCGGGCGGUUUGACUCGCGACGACUUGUCGCGGAUUCUCAAGUUCGGUGCGUCGAAGCUGUGGAAGCAGAGUCAGCCGAAGGGCUGCGAGGGCGCCGCGAACGCGGGCGAGGGCGACGAAGAGAAGGGCGAGGCGGAGAACGGCGUGGAGAAGGAGCAGAAGGAAGUCGAUCUCGACUUGAUUCUGGCUGAGGCAGAAGUGACGGUCACGGAGGCCGGGGCUGGCGGCGGACAGGGCGGCCUCGCCGACAGCCUUCUGAGCAGCUACCAGAACAUCCAGGAGUUCAAGUACGAGCCGACGGCGACCAAGUCGAGCAAAGGAGGUGGUGGUCGCCGCGGCGGCGCAGCGGCCUCCUGGGUCGCGGGGGACGACGACGCGGAAGCCAUGAACGACGCGGAGUUCUGGCAAAAGUGCAUCCCGCAGGAAGACCGCCUCAAGGUGAAGAAAAACAAGGAAGAAGAACUAAUCGUCUACGGGAAACGCAAGACACGAAACAACCUCUUCGGGGGCCAACUCCUCGCCGGAGACGCGUUCGCGCCCGGAGCCGAAUUCGGCGCGGGUGCCUUCGAAAGGAGCAAGAGAGGCGCAAGAGAGCUUACUCAGGACGACGUCUCAGACGUCUCCGGCUCGGGGCUGCUGGGCGCCGCGGCGUCUUUCCAGGGACUCGGCCGCGACGGAGGACUAGGCUCCGGCGCGCGCGGCAGAGGCCGCGGCUCGCGCCUCAGGCUGGUCAGCCCGACGAGUCUGACAGACAAAGAGCUGCACCGCCUAUACCGCGCAAUGCUCAAGUACGGGUCGCCCUCUGUCCGCGCCGACGACAUCAUUUUUGACGCGCGCUUGGAUCGCGUGGAGAAGCAGGUGGUGUUGAGCACUAGUCAGCACAUCAUGUCGCUCUGCCAGCAGCGCCUCCAAGAGGAGGUCGUCAAGCAGCAGGCAGGCCGGGGGGCGGGUCGGCGGCACCGCGGUGCGGGCGCAGAGGGCGGCGGCGAGGAAGACGACGAGGCGCGAGGCGAAGGCGCUGACGAAGACGGCGACGACGGCGAGGAGAAGGGAGCUGCGAAGGAAGGCGGUCGGCGGGAGUCGUCCUACUUUACGCGUUUGGGCGACACGCGCGUGAACGCGUUUGACCUCGUGGAGCGGCAGCACCUGCUUUCGCUUCUGCAUCGAGUCUUGUGCGACCAAAAUCCGCAAGUGGCUGAGCCCUGGAAGCUCCCCACGGGCCCAAGUCCCCUUCCGCGCGCCGCAGCGACCGCCGCCGCUGCGCCAUCGCCCCUCCGCGAGGGCGAAGACGCGGCGAGCGGCGCGAAGCCUGUAGAGGCCAAGGAGCAGCCCGAAGAGGAGAAAAAGGCGGAGGUUGCGGGCGCCGCGGGGGAGAACGAGGCCACCGCGGAGGGCAAGCCCGACGCCGCGCAGAGGGACGAGGAGAAACGCGAAGAAGACACGCGUGGAGGCGACGCCGGAGAGGAAGAAACGAAGGAAGGCGGAGGGGGGGGAGGCACGCUGCGGCGAGAAUCGAACGCAUCAUCCGCGAGGAGAUUCAUGGGCAGGGCUACAUCAAGGGCUCGACUUGAUCUCCCUUCGCGCGUCAUGUCGCGACUGAAGAACUGGAGCGCGCGAGAUGUGCAGAAGUGGGGUGAGGAGGAGGACCGAAAUCUUCUCAUUGGAGCCUACAAGUACGGCUUCGGCGCCUGGAUGGACGUGUGCAACGACCCAAAUCUGGAGUUGCCUCAGAUUCGGCAGAUUAAGUUUGACAAACUUAAGAUGCGUGCGCUGCGGACUCUGAAGCUGCUAGAGCAAGAGCUGCAGCAGGAAGCGGGCAAGCGACGGCGGCCGCGGCUGCCGCAGAGAGGGAAUCCUGAUCGCCACCAGGCGUCGUCUGCGUUGUCAGGGUCUUCUCCGCGAGCCGCGCUGGGCGGCGACGAGGGAUCUCCAGAGGGCGGGACGAUGAAGUCUGUCUCGGCGGGUGACGAGGGCGCGCCGCAGGCUGGAGAGAAGUGCGACGCAGCAGCGGGCGCUGCCGGCGGCGACGCCCUCGACGCGACAGGCACCGGCAUCCGGUUGAAUCUGCUGGGCGGAGACGCGCAGGCGAGAAGUCGAGACGAUGACGACGACGAUGACGACGACGACGACGAGCGACCGAAGAAGAGGACGAAGACCGACAAGGUUGGGCAUGCCGCGGGAGGCGACGAGGAUCCUCGGAAGAAGAAAAGGAAAAAAUCGAAGGAAAUCAACGUUGCGGUCCUGGCUACGGUUCAAGGGGAAGACCUUCGUCGGGCGUGCAAGAAACUGCUGCGCGACGUGAAAAAGAAGCUGAAAAGUCUGAAAAAACUGAAGAAAGACGGCUCAGGAAGCGAGAACUGUGGUGACGCCGCCACCUGUCCUCCGGCUCCCACACUCGAGAGCCUGCUGCCACUCCUGUUGCCCGUCGGCGAGGCAAUUCAAGGAGUUCUGCGUAGUCUGAAGGAGCAGGGCCAAACUGAGAGUCUCUGUGCGCACAUCGCUGGCGGCUGUUGGCAAUACGUUGCUUCGUUGACGGCGUAUUCGGCGGCGCAGCUGAGGGAGGCGUAUGAGUCGGUCGCGCGAAGCCAGGCGAGUCUGGGCGCCUCGCUGUCUUCCCCGCGAGGAAUUGCAGGCAACGCCUCUCCGUCGUGUUCGCUGCAGUCGCGGCUGUCUGUGGCGUUUUCUCUCGCUGGAGAAGGGAGCCAAAGCGAGCUCGUAGCAUCCGCGUCUUCGCUGCGACCUCGCUCGCCUUCCUCGCCAGAAAACACAGAGGAGAAAACUCUGGGUUUCUUUGCAUCGGCUGCGCCCAGCGAGGCUCCGCGAGGCCAGGCCCCGCGUUCAGAGGAGGGCUGCGCCGCUGCGGAGGCUGAGGCGUCAGCUGCAAGCGGCCUGCAUCGACUCGCUUCAGCUCCCCUGGCGGCAUCCGCGCUCGAGGGUGCGACGGAGGCUGGAGCUGGCUUCGCGAAGAGCUUCCUCCGCGGCGCGGAGCCCGACGCAGCGGCGAGGGAGAUCGCCCACUCGACGUCGGCGUCGUCGUCUGUCUCUGCGGCGUCGCUCCCGCUGGUUUCGCAUCCAGGGGUCGGGGGGGAGGCGGACGCAGAGACGGAGGAGGCUGCAGAGGCAUCACGUUUCGAGGCGGGUCGCGAAGAAGGCGCAGAGCGAGGGGCGUCUGCAGCCGCCGCACCAAGCCUCUCGGGCAUUUUUGUGAGGGAGAGUAGCGACCAGAAAAGCAGCAUAGGCACGCUCACGCCUUCGCCAGAAAGGUCGCCAGCCGCGUUCGCUUCGCCGAUCUGUGGGAACGCAUCCAGUGCGUCGUUCUCCGCAGACCAAGCUGUCGGCAGUGGGGAAGCAGCGGACGCAAGCUAA